AUGACCCUCUACGUCCACGACACCAUCUCGGGUUUGUUCACUCCCCUAGCUCACUGUGUUUCUCUUCCCUUUGCCAGACUCAUCAGCCACACUCCUUCCUACUGUGAUGAGUCACUAUUUGGCUCCCGACCCAAGGGCAGCAGCUGGGAAGCCCCGUGGAUGGCGAAGGGGGAUGCCGCAAAACUCCACGCCCUCUUCUGGACACCCCCAGCUACUCCCAGGGGCAGCCAUUCACCCCGCCCCAGAGAGACCCCACUGCGUGCCAUUCACCCAGCUGGUUCCUGCAAGACAGAGCCCAAGGUGGCAGCAGACUUCCGGAAGUUGUCCAUGGAUGGGAUAGACUUUCCACGGCCUCUGAGGCGGGAGCGUUCCCAUUCCCUCACCCGCCUGAAUGUCCCCAGCACUGGCCACCCACCCACCGGUGGCCCCCACACAAAUGGGCCUCGGGAUCCCAGGCCUUCCCUGUCGGGGGUGACCUUCCGGAGCCCCUUGGUGACUCCCAGGGCUCACUCAGUCAGUGUUUCAGUGCCAGCUACCCCCCGACAAGGUGGGGCCACCCAGAAACCAAAGCCCCCUUGGAAAUGAAUUUCUUGGUCCUUUCAACAGGUUUGCCCAUGGGGUCACAGCACAGGGUACAGUUUCAGAGGACAGCACAGGUGGGGGCUUCUUGGGAGACCACCAGGCAUUGGAGAAGCCCUCCUAGGGGCAGACGCAGCAAGGGUGGGCAGUGCCCCCUUCAAUUCUGACAAUCUGUAGUUCCCUCCUCCCCCUUCCAUGUGGAUUUAGGGCCACCCCUUAAGAUGCCUGUUCUAGUCCUGUCAGAGCCACAUGCUGUAUCAGUGCCAACCCAGGGAUGCCCCCCAGAAGGGACCCUCCACCAUCACUCCCGCGUGUCUUGCUGCAAGUCUGGAGGCCUCCGGAGUUUUGCCAGGCACGAUGUGUGGACCACAGUUAUCUGGGUGAUAUGUGGGUGGACAUUUUUUAUUUUAAUAGUCACGUAUUUAUUCUCAUGUAUUCAAUAUAUCAGUAGCUCAUUAAAGCCAUGACUUCUA